ACUCUGGCCGGUGGUCAGACAUCCUGAGAAUGUGCUGGGCUUGCUCUGGGGAGACUGACCCACUCUUUCCUUGGAAAGGCUCAUGGGAAACCACUAGUGGCUAAACCCUGUUCUUUUUAUGAAAGGAGGACCAGGCGUUGCCUCUGCCAAGGCCGCAGGAGGGCAGUUAUAGGAGAAGGAAGGAUCUGGAGCCACUAGAAGACUGGCAGAAUCUCACCUUCAAAUAUUGGGAAAAAAUCCAGCAGAGAAAGAAGAAUCGUGGCGGGGCAGCCGCUGCCGACCCACGCCCCGCCGGAGGCCUAUCCCCCCGAGGGCGGUGUCGGGGCGGGGGCAUCUCGCCAGGAGCCCUGCUCCCGGCGGACCAUGGACCACGCCUUCCUCAUGAGCUUGGCCACGAAGCUCUCGGAGUACUUCCUGCUGCUGGAGGACGACGCCUUGUGCGCCCCCAACUUCAUCAGCCACGUUCAGCGGAAAGUGGACACCCUGGGGUCCCAGCCCUGGGCGCUCCUGGAGUUCUCCAACCUGGGCUUCCUGGGCAAGCUCUUCCGCAGCGGGGACCUCCCGGUGCUGGCCCACUUCCUCCUCCUCUUCUACAGGGAGAAGCCCCUCGCCAGGCUCCUCCCUCACUUCCGCACCCUCCUGGCCCAGAAGGACCCGAUCCUCUGCCGACCGUUCCUGUUCUACCACCGGGUCUCCUACCAUGCGCCGAACGACAGCCAGAAGGCCUCGGGCAUGCAGAAAAAGAGCCCCUACGCCCCUGACAACCCACCAGGAGCCGUUUUCACCGACAUGAAGGUUUUUGAGGUCCAUUUCCCCUGGGAGGCCUACACUCUGGACGAGUCCUUCUUUUGGACCCACAAUGUUAGCGCAGGGAACCACCUGACGGUCAUCCUGAACCACCCAGCAGACCCGAGGAGGGUGCCGGUACUGACGGGCACCAUCGUGGAUGGCAAGCACGCCCUGCAGAAGGGGCAGGUGGAGCUGGGCUACGAGCCCUAG